AGACAUGGAAAUGAAUCCCCUUCCUCUGCUCGUGGGCCCCGGCCUCGGCGACGACGAGGACGACGAGGAGAUGAGCGCGGCGGUGGCCAGGGUGGAGCGGCUCCUGGGCUAUGGUACCAGCGGCUGGAGUUCGUGGGCGACGCCGCCCUCGGCCUCGCCUUCUCCAACUACCUCUACCUCACCAACCCCGACGUCGGUCCCGGCUCUCUCUCCGUUCUCCGAGCCGCCAACAUCUCCACCGAGAAGCUCGCCCGCGUCGCCGUUCGCCACCGCCUCUACCCUCUCCUCCGCCGCAACUCCCCACGCCUCGACCAGCUCGUUAGCCAGUUUACGGAAGCCGUGCUGCAGGAGCCGGAGGACGACCUCGUAGGACUUCUCUAUGGCGGCAGCACCGUCAAAGCCCCCAAGGUCUUAGCUGACAUCGUCGAGGCGAUCGCCGCAGCCGUCUAUGUUGAUUCCAAUUUCCAUCUCGAGAUGCUUUGGAAGGUUAUAAGGGGAAUUAUGGAGCCGAUUAUCACAGCGGAGACGGUGGACGAGCAGCCGGUGACGACUCUUCACGAGCUCUGCCAGAAGUAUAAAAAGAAUGCCAUGUUCAAGCACUGGCGGAGGGAUAAUACAAAUGUUGUUAAUGUCUUUGUGGACGGGGAUCUCGUUGGGAUUGGAUCCUCGGAGCAAAAGAUGAUUGCGAAGCUUAACGCGGCCAGGGACGCCCUGCAUAACUUGGCAAACUCUAAAUCGGAUUUGUUGACAAGAGCACAAGUUGGUAGUGAAGCAGGGGAGCAUAGAGAAGCUAAGCAGAAGCUUAAUGAGUUAUGUAGCAAGAAGCGCUGGCGAAACCCAAAGUACAAAGUGGAGAAAGAACAGGGGCCUGAUCAUGAGAAGAAGUUCAUAUGCUCUGUUCAGGUUGAAACUUCAGAUAACGCUUUUGUAACCAUUGGUUACCCAAUGUCAAGAGUGAAGGACGCGGAAAAUUCUGCCGCCUCCAAGAUGCUGAAUGAAGUUUUGGGUGGUAUGUAAAAAACGCAGUAACGGUUCAACCUCAAGCCUUAUUGUUACCACUGACAAAUGAAGGUGCUUCUGUUAUCCCCCUCUUUUGGGACUAAGGGGAGUAAGCUUAUUUAUCAAAACUUCUACGAACUAUUUUACUUCCUUGUGUUCUCUGUAUAGUGAUACUGCAAUAUCGAGUAUAAUCAUCGUGUUGUUGUAUAAUUGUUAGUUAAAUGCUCUAUGGUCAGGAGUUUUUUGUGAGGUCAUCCUGGUUGUGUGCAGAUGUUUAUAUGUAGCAUGCUUAUUAAAGAAAGACAUCCUGUUUAGGGAUACUAGCGGGGAAGAUUUGAUUCAUAUUAUCAUAAGAAGUUUAUUUUUAACUUCA